AUGCUCUUCUCGCUAUGCUUCGCUCAAGAGGCUGUAUUGGUAUUGAUGUAUCUGUACCACUUCGCUACUAUGCCUACUGCCGCAGCCCCCGUGUGGAUGCAGCAAGCGGUCUUCUAUGCUGCUGUAGCAUUCUUCCCCAUUGCGUUACUCAAGCAGGUCAUCAAUGUCAUCCAAUUGUUUGAUGCUGGUCACGAGAUUGUUAAGAUCGAUGAAGCCAAUCGUGGCGAGAAAGUUGAGUAG